AUGUCGCUCAGCAAAAGCGAAUCAGACGUAAUCCUCAACCGGGCCAACGUCGCCCUCUCCCGCAGCCAAAGACUAGUCGCAUCAUGGCUCCCCAAAGCCGACGACGAAGCACCAACCAAAACAGACGAAGAGCUCCAAAGAGAAGAAGAUGAGAUAUUCACCGCAGUCCCAGAGACUCUCGGAAUCGGAGCCCCCCUCCCUCAAAAAGCGGCCGACGGAAGCUGGAACCGCAGCGAUCUAGACUCGAAUGAUAAAUUGCGCAAACAACUACUAGGCAAGAACUAUGAUCGCGUCAUGAAGGCUGCCGCGGAAGAGAAGGCUGCGGCGAAAGCUGCUGCUGCCAAGCCUGUGCAGACACAGCCUGAGACUACAGUGGAUGAGUCUGAUGAGGAGGAUGGGCGCGCGGCGAUGCUUUCAAAGCAGAGGAAGAGGAAGGGUGCGCCGGCGGUGCAUCCUGCUGUUGCGGCUGCGGAGGCCGAGGCCGAGGCUGAGAAGGAGAAGAGCGAUGAUGCGAAGGGGCCUGCGCGCAAGAGUCGGAAGAAGGCGACGAGUUACUUGGAUGAGCUUUUGGCUGAGAGGUCGAAGAAGAGGAAGAAGAGAUGA